AUCAUGAUCCCGACUCGACGUCCGAGUGCUGCACAUUCCUGUGUAUUCGGUUAUUUUAUAGGCGACAUGGGCUCUUUUAUGUCCCCGUGAGCGUCUCUGAUACUCGUGGCUUGUGUUCGAUGCGGCGAUCGCAUCUGCCUGCUCGUGUUCGGUGUCCGUACCCGUUGCGUUUUCAACUGCGUCACGUUGCACCCGUCGUGAGCGACUAUCUGACUGACCGACCGACCGACCGACGAACAUAAUCCAAGCCGGUGCACAAUCUCGAACUUAACAUGGUUCCACUCACGAUUGUCCGCAGAUCGACCAACUUGGCAACCGAGACAGCACCUUGAGAGUUUUGAGUUUUCCUUCCGGAAAUGAAAGAAAUAUUGCCUAAAUGGCCGAGACGGUUGGUCAUUCGAAAAAGUGAUCUCUGUUUGAAGUACGUCUAGAUAGAUUGACUUGCGCAAGUGCAAAGACGUAUCACUCGAUUGGUUUCGGUAUACGCAAGAAUGGAUGAUCUGCUGAAGGAGCUAGAAGCUCUAAAAAUUAGAGGUGACUUCUGGGAGGAUUCCUCGUGGGUACCAUGCAUAGACUUGAUUCAGAGGAGUUUUGCGCCACAGAGAACAGUCGGAGCAGAACGUCCGUGCGAGGAGAAGGACUUCAGGGAGUACAGGCUUGUUGUGGAGAGAAACCUGCAUAAUGUCAGAUCCAUGCUGCAAUACAUCUGCAGCAGUUGCAGAGAAAAGCGCUUGCAAAUCAAUUGUUGCACAGAUAUGGCCAGAACAUUCAGCAUAAAUCUAGUGUUGCUCAUAGGAGAGCACGGCGAGAGGAAUGUUUGGAACACAGCCGAAUGUGUUUCCAUUUCCAAAGAAUUGCUCGCUCUUUUCUGCGAUCUGUACGGCUGUGAAAAGAUUUCCCAGUUUUUGUCGGAUAAAGAAAAUUUUCCUAAUUUGCUGCUGACAUUAAGACCAAAAUUAUUAAAAGAUACUUGGAAAACUUAUCCAUCGGCUGUAGCGUGUUACAAAUGGAUUGUACAAGUAGCAGAAAACCUACUUUUGUUUAAUUAUAUUGGAGAUGUUUUGCCCACUGCACUAAUUAUUCUUGACGACUAUUUCCCAGAUAAUGUGUUAAUAGGCUUGGAAUGUGUUCAUCGGAUCAUACUGCAUUCUCAUAUGAAAAAAGGAUUGGUAGAUUCUGGUUAUGCCAAACUGAUUUAUCAUGCUUUGGAACUCUUGACUCAUCAAAAGGAAGCAAAAUACGUUAUUCCUUUGUAUUACUGUAUGGCCAGUCUUUUAGCUACUAUGGAACAUUGGGAUAAUAAUACUAUAAAUCUCUUUGAGUGGACGACACGCGAUGAAGUUCUCUCUACCUUGAUACAGAACAUGGAAUUUGAGCAGAACAUUGAAUUACGGCGUGCAUACAUGUUAAGUUUACCUCAGCUUAUUACAAAUAUAGGCUGUGCCAAAUGGUGCGGAGUGCUCAUUCGCAUACUUGCUGAAUACUGUGAACAUCAUACAGAUUUAAGGACAUUAAAGGCGACAUUGGAGAUGGCAAAGACGUUCCUUUUGAUGUUUCGUCUGCGAGUAGCUGCACACUGCGCUCCCCUUUAUACUAUAUUUUUGAAGUUGCACUUUGAUCUGACGGUGACACCAGUGCUCGAUGGAGAAAUCAUGCAAACUUUGGAAGAUUGCAUUUGCAUGUUGUACCAGCUGUCACCGAAUGUAGGCUGUAGGGUAAUUAAUGAUGACCGAAUCCGUUCGUUACUCAGAAAUUUGCCGGUCGUAUGCCAAGGUGAUGAUAUCAAGUAUUUCGAAUAAUUUACGAAAUGUGCAACAAUUACAUAUUUGUAUAUACAAUGUAUUCUAUAAUGUGUGAAAAUGUGUUGAUAUUAUAUUCUCAUGUAAGCCUCUAUAAUGCAGAGAUAAGAGCGAAAAGCAAAUACGUACUUAGAUAUUUUAUUUGUGAUGAAAAAACAUCCAUAUACUAUCAUUUGUAAAGUAAAUGUUGUUGUUAGAAUAUAUUUAUUUUAUUAUCCACAAUCUUUGCGGUGUGUAUGUGUGUGCGCGCGCGCGUGUGUAUGUGCGUGCGCGUGUUUGUGUGUGCGUGCGCGCGCGUGUGUGUGUGUGCGUGCGUGUGUACACACAUGUAUACACACGUAGUUACGAAAAAAAAUCAAGCUUCUUUGAGAUUGUUGUACGCAUACACUUUUAGUUGAUUGAUUAUAUAAUUUAUAAUUAGUAAUGAAGUAGUUAUUGAAUAAUCGUUAUGUAAUAUCUGAAGAAUUGUAUAAAAUAGCAAUUAUACAUAUAAGAUUUAAUAUAUAAAUAUUGAAUUACGUAUAAGUGUUGAUUGUUUUUUUUUACUUUUUUUCUUUGGAUCUUUAAAACACAUGAUUUUUUCAAAUUCGAAGAAUCGAGAGUAAAGAGUCAAUCUAUUUAAUUGUAUGUGCGUGCAAAUCUCUUACUUGUCUGCUUAAUGAGUACGGACGAUAAAAUAAUCUGAAAGUUGCACAUUAAACUCUAAAAAAAAGAA